AAGGACUUUUUUUGUGCCGCGGGUCCUCUCCGACCACUCGACCAUUCGUCGUCCACUCGUCUACUCGUCCACUGUUCUUUCCAGACCCACCAGCAAAACUGUCUGCCGCCCUUUUCUCCUCCCCACCACCCACACUUUACUCCUCUUCAUCUUCUCUCGACUAUUUCGCUCUUCUGUUGUUUCUUCCUCUUCCCACGUUUUUCUAUCCUCGUCCUACCGUCGACUUCUUUCUCCCUUUUCCACCUAAUAAUCGUCGACCGGUAAUUCCCUUUAUUCCUCGGCCAAAAUGUCUAGACGUCCUGCACCAGCGAGCAACAACCUGCCUCCUCAAAACCGCCAGAAUGAGUAUUUCGUGCCAAGGGACGGUAUAGACCGCGAGGUCAUUACUGCCGACAUCUGUCGCUACCUUGGAAACGAUGCUCUCGUCCGACCUGGCACGUACGAGAACCCCCAAAGUGGUCAGAUCAUUCAGGGCUACUAUAUCAAUGCCUACCGAAAUUUAACAACAGCUAUGAUCGAAGACUUGAAAGCAGACUCGGCGCGAUGGGAUCAAGAAAGGCGGCAACAAUCGGCGAGCCGUAAUAACGCUGCCGGAGGUACUAUUGCCUCGAGAGACUCGAACGGCGUAUAUGUCAGACUCUCUAACUCCCCUAUAGUCCAGUACCGCAAUUCGGACACGCAUCAGUCCCGUCAAUAUUAUGGUCCGACUGAAGGCGGAUUCGCAUCGGCAGACCCAAGCCGCGAUCCGUACGGUGAUUCUACUCCCAGAUAUCCAGGAACUGGCUCUGCAGGAUACACGGGAGCCGCUGGCUCGUAUACUGCUCAGCCGUACCCUCAGGGUGGGUAUAGCACUCAGCAGGGGUAUACUACCCAGUCGCAAUUCCAAGCCCCAGGUGCAAGUGUGACUUACCCCUCUAUGCCUCCGUCAGGAUUUGGCCAGGCCGGCCAGGAACCUCCUUUCCAGCUAGUUGGAGCAGACUCGAGAGUGGCAACCAACCCACAAGCUAUGUACAAUGACCCGUACGCGGCCCAGAGAGAUCCUAGGGACCAGAGGACACCUAUUACCACAAUGCCACCUAGUAGGACUACUUACCCGACCUCAGGAGCACCCGCGCCGCAGGGCUAUCCCCCGUCGUCCGCAGCGCCUGGUAGCUAUUACCCUCCGAACCCAUCACCAUCAAACCCUGCCUAUGCGCCAACCGUUCAGCCUGGAGAUCCAUUUUAUGGACGCGGUGCGUACACCACAGGUCUUUAAUUAUUACCUCCCAAUUCCCUUUUUCUGAUUGUUUAGCGUCUCCAGCAGGCACAACGUCCUACGGUUCAGCA